CGUUCAACGAAAGCGAUGACCUGACAAUGUUCCUGGGAUUAUUUCUUUCUCAGAAAACUUUUGACCUAAGCAGUCAUGGCUUCAAAGGUUUCCCGUGAUACGCUUUAUGAAAGCGUAAACGCUAUCUUGGACUACUCCAAGACCAAGAAACGCCGUUUCUUGGAAACUGUUGAAUUACAAAUCGGUUUGAAGAACUACGAUCCCCAAAAGGACAAGCGUUUCUCCGGCACCGUCAAAUUGAAGCACAUCCCCCGCCCAAAAAUGAAGGUUUGCAUCUUGGGUGAUCAACAGCAUUGUGAUGAAGCCAAGGCCAACGGUGUCGAAUGCAUGGAUGCCGAAGCUUUGAAGAAAUUGAACAAGAACAAGAAAUUGGUCAAGAAGUUGGCCAAAUCCUAUGAUGCCUUCUUGGCUUCUGAAUCUUUGAUCAAACAAAUUCCCCGUUUGUUGGGUCCCGGUUUGAACAAGGCUGGCAAGUUCCCUGGUCUCUUGUCUCAUCAAGAAUCCAUGAUGGCCAAGAUCGAAGAAGUCAAAUCGACCAUCAAGUUCCAAAUGAAGAAAGUCUUGUGCUUGUCAGUUGCCGUCGGCCAUGUCAACAUGGAACCCGAUGAGUUGGUCCAAAACAUCCAUUUGUCCAUCAAUUUCUUGGUUUCGUUGUUGAAGAAGAACUGGCAAAACGUUCGUUCUUUGCACAUCAAGUCAUCCAUGGGUCCCCCACAACGUUUGUACUAAUUUCGUUUUAGAAUUUU